AAGAGGGUGCUCCUGGGCAUGUGCAGAGCUUUUCUCCAGGGGUUGAGCGACAGAUCCCACCAGCCCCGAGAAGUACACAGCAACAGUGAGGAACACUGGAGGAUGUAGUCCAAGGACAUCUCGACGAAAGGAUUCUCAAACACAAGAAACAAACAUUGCAAGGAUUCGACCUGUGUAGUUUCUUGAGGAAAGAGCAGAAGGAGCUGAGCUCUAUCCUGAGAAGGGUAGCUAAGAUGGCCAACCGUUUGGACACUUCUGAGGCCUUGUGAGGAAAAGAACAGUGGAGGAAUGUUGAGUUUGGAGAAGAAAAGAUGGAGGAAGGACCGAAGGCAGAGGGAGCUUGUCCUCAGCUGGAGAGGAAGCCAAAAAGGGCAAGAUGUCUCUGCCCAUCUCCCCUAUGCUCUGGAGGAAAGAGCCUCAACGGAGGAGACAGAGGAGGCGGAGGCCACAACGAGACCUGCACCCAAAGCCUUGGAGGGACACAGCAGUGGAUGACAGCCUGACAAGCCUGCAAUGGCUCCAGGAGUUCUCCAUCCUGACGGCUGACCCAGAGAAACCCACCGUGUCUGAGGGAAAGGGGCCCCCAAGACGGCAGCAGCAGCAGGAGGCCCCUGAGGCUCCGUCCAGCCUUCCGGAAGGGUCCCCGACCUCCCCUGGGACAGGCCCCCCUGCCUUCUGUGGCCCUCAUCCCCCUCCACAGGCCCCCCUGGACUUCCGGACAGACGGACGAGCCAAGCCACCCUACUCUUACGCCACCCUCAUCUGCAUGGCCAUGCGGGCCAGCAAGGGCUCCAGGCUCACCCUGGCCGCCAUUUACGCCUGGAUCUCUGAGAACUUUGCCUUCUAUCGCCUGGCAGAGCCCAGCUGGCAGAACUCCAUCCGCCACAACCUCUCCCUCAACAAGUGCUUCCAGAAGGUUCCGCGGAGGAAGGACGAGCCAGGCAAAGGGGGCUUCUGGCAGAUCCACCCGCAGUUUGCCCACCUUUUUGCUGACGACGGGGUUUUCCAUCGCAGGCACCGCAUGCCGGCCCUGCCUUCGUCCGGCGACCCCUCGAACCCAGCGCCCAAGCCUCCCUUGGUGGCCCCUUGCCCUCAAGCCAGGCCCCCUUCCCCUCCGGAGGCCCCCGCUCUCACCAGGGACCUUGGCUGGGGGGCUGUGUUGGAGCCCACCAAAGAGGCAGGCAGCUUGGAGGACCUGGAGCUGGCCGCUGCCCUGGACUCACUGGCCGAAGAAGAGGACAACCAUGGCCAAGAAGAAGAAAGGGGCCUGGCCCAAGCCUUGACUCUGUGUCCCGAAGUUUGGGGGGCAGAGGAGGAGGAGAGGGCCGCAGAGCAAGGGUCCCGGUGGGCUUUCGAGGUGGGUGCCUGCUUCUCUGAGGGGUUCCUUUCUGGGAUCCAGCCCUGGGAAGGGUGAGCACUGUCUCUCCCCAGAGAAGGGGGCAGGGGCCCAGAGCUAAAGCAUUUCUGCCUGGGAAGACGGCCCUUGAAUCAUGCCAGGGCAUGGAAACAGACCCAGCCUCUUUCACUCAAUGCAGAAGACACACAUCCCACCUACACUGCCAUAUAAAAUCCAGAUUAUCUUCUUUGAACUGGAUCAUAUGGCAAUGUAGAGUCGUUUAAUCAAAGCAAACAAUGUGAAUGGUCUCUGCUUUGAUAAUCUGGAUUAUAUGGAAGUAUAGAAUGGGCCUCAGUAGCCAGCACUUGCAGCUUUAAUGAAACCUGGAGGAGGCAUGGGCUUCUAAAUGGGUCAAGGAUCCAGAAGCCUGGGGCAGCUCAAGGCACAAGCCGAAAGAGGCAGCAAUCACCCUGAGGGAGCCACCUUGACUUUUCCUUCUCUUCCCUCCAUCUCUAAUUUGCUUUCCAAAUCUGGAUUUCAGCAAAAACAAACUCUGAAUAAACACAGGCAAGGUUCA